AAUCAGGAAGCAGCGGCCGCCCCUGACACAAUGGCUCAGCCUUAUGCCUCAGCGCAGUUUGCUCCACCCCAGAAUGGCAUCCCUGCAGAAUACACGGCCCCUCAUCCCCAUCCCGCACCAGAGUACACCGGCCAGACCACUGUCCCCGACCACACAUUAAACCUGUAUCCUCCUACACAGACGCACUCGGAGCAGAGCGCUGAUACCAGCGCACAGACCGUCUCAGGCACCGCCACACAGACAGAUGAUGCAGCCCCGACCGACGGCCAGCCUCAGACACAACCUUCUGAAAACACAGAAAACAAGUCCCAGCCCAAGCGGCUGCAUGUGUCCAACAUCCCCUUCCGGUUCCGGGAUCCAGACCUCCGACAAAUGUUUGGUCAAUUUGGUAAAAUAUUAGAUGUUGAAAUUAUUUUUAAUGAGCGAGGCUCGAAGGGAUUUGGUUUCGUAACUUUCGAAAAUAGUGCGGAUGCGGACAGGGCGAGGGAGAAAUUGCACGGUACCGUGGUAGAGGGCCGUAAAAUCGAGGUUAAUAACGCAACAGCACGUGUGAUGACUAAUAAAAAGACUGUCAACCCCUACACCAAUGGCUGGAAAUUAAAUCCAGUUGUGGGCGCGGUCUACAGCCCCGACUUCUAUGCAGGCACGGUGUUGUUGUGCCAGGCCAACCAGGAGGGAUCUUCCAUGUACAGUGGCCCCAGUUCACUUGUAUAUACUUCUGCAAUGCCUGGCUUCCCAUAUCCUGCCGCCACUGCUGCAGCUGCAUACCGAGGGGCUCACCUUCGAGGCCGUGGUCGCACCGUGUACAACACCUUCAGGGCUGCAGCGCCCCCACCCCCAAUCCCUGCCUAUGGCGGAGUAGUGUAUCAAGAGCCAGUGUAUGGCAAUAAAUUGCUACAGGGUGGUUAUGCUGCAUACCGCUACGCCCAGCCCACCCCUGCCACUGCCGCUGCCUACAGUGACAGUUACGGACGAGUUUAUGCUGCCGACCCCUACCACCACACACUUGCUCCAGCCCCCACCUACGGCGUUGGUGCCAUGAAUGCUUUUGCGCCCUUGACCGAUGCCAAGACUAGGAGCCAUGCUGAUGAUGUGGGUCUCGUUCUUUCUUCAUUGCAGGCUAGUAUAUACCGAGGGGGAUACAACCGCUUUGCUCCAUAUUAAACGAUAAAACCAUUAAACAAACAAACAAACAAACAAAAACAAACCAACCUUCCAAUGUGGGGAGAGAGGAAGCUUUCCGAGGCCUGAGUGUUGCGUCACAUGCAGUAGGACAUCACAUUAGCAACUCAAAGAAACAACUAAAAAAAAAAUUAAAAAAAAGAGGAAAAAUUACAUUUUUUAUCUUAUACCUCAGAUAUUUUGUUCUGUGUAUUUUAAUAUUGUGGGUCUUUGGUUUCUGAAGGUUUUUGUAGUUCAGUUGCUGGCUGUAGGAGUUUUGUGGUUGAUCUAGAGAGAGGCUAGAUAUGAAUAAAAACCGAUUUAGGGCCAUAUCCAGAGUACUAUAUUAUGUAAAUGAAUUAUAUAUGCCGAACAAGAAGCUACUGGGGUUAAGCUGUUUGGGAAGACUGUAAGUGGCAAGUCAUUCUUUCUGCAUCUAUAUUAUUUUAUUCUGUGAAAGGGGAGGCCGGGAGGGGCUUAGGGGUUUGGGACUGGGGUUUGGCUGAAAGGAAAAAAAGAAAAUAUAUAUAUAUAUAUAUAUAUAAAUACAUAUAUAUAGUAACUGAUGAAUCUAAAUGACCCACUGCACCAACUAUCAUAAAUCUAUGGUUCUAAGUUACUCCUGGCAAAGUUAAGCCAAAGGCUGUGUUAAGAAUCUGCUUCUUAUAGCACGGAGAUUGCAGUCGAAGGAAGCUGUGUCGGCCAGUCCAUCCUCUUAUCAUUCCACCUGCAGUACUCAGCUUCUUACCUACCCACUAGUUAUUUAAGCAAAGGCUACUAGUUAGGCCAUCAAUAAGCAUUCUUUUUAUAUUUCUUCCAGUAUGAGAAAUUAUUGAUAUCACUGCUGACUUUUAUAUUACGGGAGGGAAAAAUUAACAUUAAUAAAAAGGUGAUAAAAAAAAGCACUGUUUCUAUUUUUUUCUUUUUUUCCAAAAAAGAAAGUAAUAAAAACUUAAAUUCUUUGUACCAGUUAAAAAUAUGUAUAAAAUUUACAUCUGUGCAGUGGAGUUAUGUUCUAGAAACAGUCUCUGAGGCUUCAGUUUUAGCUUAGUAGAUUAACUGUUAGAGACAGACGUAUAAUUUUUAUGGAAUUACAUGAUAAUCAUAUCUGGAUUUAUAGUCGCAUUUUACAAGUAUCGCAAUCAUUGAAUAGAGAUAAUCACGGUAUUUUCAUCAGCUUGAUACUUUUUGAAAACAUGACUGCGCUGUGAGCAACUUGCAAUUUUUCAGUCUGUGAGAGCCUGCCCUUCCCUCUCCCCAGUGCCCCAGGGUUAUCUUAAACUGGUAUCUUUACUUCUAUUGCCAAGGCCCAAGACAAUUGUCAGAAGGAAGCAAAAACAAAACAAAAAACAAAACAAAACAAAAGUAGAACCAUGCCCUCCCUCCCCCAAAGAACAGUGUCUGCCCCAUUCUUUCUCGGAGCAGGGCCAGAGCAACACAGCCGAAAAAUUGCAGCUUGUGAUUUUCUUCUGUUUGAAUUCCCCCAUGUUGUCCUGUUUACAAGUUAACCUAAGUUGGGGUAUCUGUCAUGGGUCUUCCUGUUUUUGUAUUUAAAUUCUAAAAUAUCAGCAAGCUGUUCCCUGAGUAGUUACCGCCUGUGUGUGCAGUGCCGGCCCCACGGUGCGCACUUUAGUAAGUUAUCAACUCACGCUGUGAACCUGCCAAUCUGCUGUAACAACUCUGCUUUAAAAUCAAAACCAAACAAAACUUUAAAAAGCAAAAAACAACAAAAAAAAAGUGUUUGUGAUCCAGCUUUUCCUCGUCAUCCUACGUGCAUGCCCGUAAGAUCGGUUGGAUAUUAAACCAUCAAUAAAGUUUCAUGGGAUUUGAAAACAAAGUUUUUGUAGCUUCGAUAUCUAAGACAGAUGAUCAUGGUUUGGGAGAAAAAGAAAAGCAAAGGGCGAGGAGGGGAAGGGAGAGAAACUGCUGAACUGGUGAGAAGAGAAAAAUCUAGGAACUGGUGGUCUUCUUUCACCAGACCCCUUUGAGUAGGGAGAGACGCGGCCAGAAGGGGACAGUUUGACAACAUCACGUUCCCACUCCCCUGGCCUGCUACAGUGUGCACCUGGUUGAUGUUAUCCAAGACAACAAUUUAUCAUGAUGCUGUAGCAUUCGACUCCAGAUGGGGUCAAGAUAGUAACAAAAAUGGGGGCUGCAAAAAGAUCAACAGACUCCUCCCAGUCGCCCCAGCUUUCCAAGCCCAGAACUUGCAUUGUGUAUGAAAUCACAAACAUGGAAUUCUUACUGUGCUGGCUAAAGUAAAACUCAUUUGCGGUUUUGAUUUCCAUCAAUGAACUGUACUUUCCCCCACGACCGUAUGUAGUUUUAAUAAAAAUCAUUUAGAGCAAGUGGGUGCCAACCGAUGUCGCAGAACCUUUUGUCUAGGCACUCCGCUGAGCUGCCGAUAAGUCGUUUUAAAUUGUCAUGUCAGAGGUGUAAACAAACAUUUUGGAUUUUUUAAAACAACAGUAUUUAUUUGGAAUGUUUUCAUUUAUCUAAAUAACUAUUGCUAUUAUGAAUUAUGGAAAAAAGAUUAAUGUGGCAUAUAGUGACUUCUUAACACACAUCACCCAAUCUGCAAACCCAGAAAAAUGUGUAUAUCUGUCUUUAGAAAUUAGUGUUUAUAUCACUUACAGUGGUUUGUGAAUAAAGAAAACUGGUUUGUAAUAUCAAAAAAUAAAAGCUUAGUCUGAAAAGGUA